AUGGACAGAGAUGGUGCUCCAUCCUCGUCCCAUUGCGAAAGGAGCGUGCAUGUCUACACGCCAAAGGGCACCAGGGGUUGGACACAGUUGGUGGAACGAAGCGUCCUCCAGUCGCUCUAUGUGACGGAUGGAUCCUUCAUCGUCAUGUGCGUGGUUAAGGUCGUGCCUGAUGACCCCUUCGACGACAUCCCGCCCUACAUACAGAGCCACCUCGGCGCCCUUCUGGACUCCGCGGACGGCUCCGACGUGUCCUUCGUCGUCGGCGGCGAGGAGUUCCCGGCUCACCGGGCGGUGCUCGCAGCCCGCUCGCCGGUCUUCAAGGCGCAGCUCCUGGGCUCCAUGGCGGACUCCAAGAUGUCAUCCAUCACCUUGCACGACAUCGCGCCCACGACGUUCAAGCUCGUGCUUCGGUUCAUCUACACCGACGUGUUCCCCGCAGACGGCUUGCUCGCCAGGGAUGCGCCAACUCCAAUGGAGAAGCUGCAAGAUCUGCUCGCCGCGACCGACCGCUACGCACUUGACCGCCUCAAGCUCAUCUGUGCUAGGAAGCUGUGGGAUGAUGUGUCUACCGAUACGAUUGGUGCUACUUUGGCCUGUGCCGAAACCUACAACUGCCCGGAGCGGAGGAAGAAGUGCGUCGACUUCUUUGCAGACGAGAAGAACUUCAAGAAGGCCGUGCUGACCGAUGGUUUUGUUCAGCUGGUGCAGAAAUUCCCGUCGAUUCUCGGUUAG